AUGGCAACAAAUGUAUAUCGAUCAGUUUAUUUGUUUAUUUUCUUCGACCGAUUAUUUUCGACCUUAGACAAUGAAGCUGCUGCUGCUGCUGCUGCUGCUGAUGAUGAUGAUGAUGAUGAUGAUGAUGAUGAUGAUGAUGAUGAUGACAAUUAUAGCAGUGUUUAUUUUCAUACGGAAAAAAUAAAUAACACAAUUUUUGGAAACAGAUAUUUUAUUAAAGUAUUAAAUGAAUAUUUAUUUAGGCUAAGGGAUAAAGAAAUAGUCAAUUCACAACCAAAGUAUCUUCUAAAGGAGCAGGAAAGAGAAAAAAGUUUUAUAAAAUAGUUCGAUGAAGCAGUCUGUUCUAAAGCUAUCCAGUGGUAAAUAAACAUUAAACCGUCAGAUUAGAAACAAAAUAGUAGAAAUUCCUUAAAUUGUCGUACACUAUCUUGAUUAAUUUAAUUACCUUCAACAAAUAACAAUAUUUUUGUUAUUGUCAACGUUUUCUUACCAUUGUUGAUAUUCAGCUGAAUAGUCCUGUAAUAAUCAUGAACCAUAAUUGAUUCAUUUUGCUUUGAUUUUAUGAUAUCCUUGAAAAACAUUCUGGAACAUAAAAGAUUAAUUAUUUUAAUUUAACAGAUUACAAUCUAGUGAAUAUAUUUAGUUAUACUUCAUCACAAAAUGACUUCCUUUUACCUUUCAAUGUAACUAUAUCUAGACUAAUAGUAACUCAACUUGCAAAAUAGACAAAUAGUAAAGUGUUUUUAAGAGAUAACCAAUAACUUUGAAGAUAUUGACUCAUCUUGAAAAGAUUAUAAGCCUAGUAGAAGUAUUCUCCGAUCAUAUAUUUUGGAAUGAUGAGCACGGCUAAGAUGGAUGCUUUCGAUUGCUUGAUGUUCUCUUCCUUCCUUCCUUCCUUCCUUCCUUCC